CUCGAUCGAUUACGAUCAUUCUCGCCAGCUAUAAUCCAAUUCCAAUCCGUAAACAAACAAAUAAUGGAGUUCCAAUUACCCAUCAUUAUUUUCCUCUUCAUUUUUUCUUGUUGUUAUCUGUCACGAAAGUGGCUGAAAAUUAGGGUAGUUAGUGAGCUGAAGAAGGUCCCAUCGCCGCAGGGAUCAUGGCCUAUUAUCGGCCACCUCCAUCUUCUCAACAAGGCCGGGAAGCUUCCCCACCAUGUUCUUGGAGCCAUGGCUGACAAAUAUGGGCCAAUCUUUAUGUUGAAUCUCGGCUCUCGCCCUGCUUUGGUGGUUAGUAAUUGGGAAAUGACCAAAGAAAGUAUGUGCAUUAACGACGCCGCCGCAGCCUCACGGCCGGAGCUCUCCGUCUCAAAGAAUUUCUCUUACAACUUCGCCAUGUUUGGCCUUGCUUCUUAUAGCCCUUAUUGGCGUGAUAUGCGUAAAAUUACUCACUUGGAGCUCCUCUCCAUCCCACGUGUGGAUCAGGUUAAGAGCGUCAUGUUAAGUGAGGUGAUGACAUCGUUGAAAGAGUUGUACACAAGAUGGGGUGGUAAGAAGAAGGAAAUGGAGGAGAUUUCAGUGGAAAUGAAACGUUGGUUUGGGGAUGUGACAGUGAAUAUGCUUCUUAAGAUCAUCAUAGGAAAACGAUGUGUAGGUCCAAAUGCUGUUAAGGAAGAUGAAAAUGAUGCAUUAGAGUUGCAGAUGCGAAUUAGGGAGUCAUUCCAUUUGAUGGGUGAAGGGUUAUUGAGAGACUAUAUUCCUUUGGUUGCAAAGCUUGGAUUUAAUGGCCAUGUUAAGGCUAUGGAGAAGAUAGCGAAACGAAUCGACGUCGUUCUUGAACGUUGGCUCCUAGAACAUAAACGGAAAAGAUCAGCUAAUGAUUUCGAUCAAAAAGAUGGUGACUUUAUGGAUUCUUUAAUUUCCUUAUGUCAUGCCAAGGAGCUUCCGAGUUACUACGAUCAAGAUACAAUUAUCAAAGCUACAACCUUGAAUGUGAUUGCUGGAGGAACUGAAAGCAGCACCGUGACUCUAACAUGGGCGAUGUCUUUAUUACUAAACAACCCAUUGGCCCUGGAAAAGGCUUAUCAAGAGCUUGACCAAGUUGUAGGAAGAGACAGGCAACUGAAGGAAUCAGACAUAGACAACCUUGUUUAUUUGCAAGCCAUUGUCAAAGAGACAAUGCGACUGUACCCAGCAGGACCUUUAUUGGGCCCGCGUGAGUUCUACAAGGAUUGUUUUGUUGCUGGCUAUUUUGUCCCCAAAGGCACCCAAUUGAUCCCAAACAUUUGGAAGAUCCAAACCGACCCUCGGGUCUGGCCCGACCCGUUCGAGUUCAAGCCGGAGCGGUUUUUGACGACACAUAAAGAUGUGGGUUUGAAAGGGAAUAAUUUUGAGUUGAUUCCAUUUGGGACUGGGCGAAGAGGGUGCCCUGGAAUUACGUUUGGGCUUCAGAUGGUGCAUUUUGCUUUGGCUGGGUUUUUGCAUUCUUUUAAUGUCAAAAGUCCUACAGACAAAGCGAUUGAUAUGAGGGAGCAUUUUGGGAUGGCGAAUGAGAAAGUGGUUCCUCUUAAUGUUUUGGUCACCCCACGGUUACCUUUGCAUCUUCACGGUCCAAUAGUAAUGUAGUUUGCCUUCCCCCAAGUUGACUUUUGGGAGUUUAAUUAUGACGAACUUUUUAUUUCAAGCCUUGUUUUCUAUUUUUGUAUAUGUGAUGUAUGCAUGCGAGAGCAAUGUAUUUAUCAUAUGUCAUUGUAAUAUCCAUGAUAAUAAAAGGGUAUUUUGGGUAAGAACCGUUAUGUUGUA